CUUGUUCAAUGUCAACGACUAGUAAUUCCUCCUCUUUGUUUACCUCUUCUUCUACGAGUAAAUCCCGUUCCAACAAUUUCUCCGCAUCUACAUCAGGCUCAAGCUCGUCAAUUCUGACAAAGGGCGGCUUGAAACGUGACAGAGACACGUUUUCCAGCGAACUCGAACGAGACUCUUCUCUUCCAAAUACAAAGCGCCAUCUCCGCACCACCAUUAACAACAAUCUCAACGCCGCUGCCGUCGAGCGCAAACUCGCAAUUUUGCAAACAAACUGCGCAGAGCUGGAGAAGAAAGUUCGGGAGAAAGACCAGAGACUGGAUCUUCUUGAGAAGGAUCGGAGAUGGCUAAAUGAUCGAGAAACUGAGGAACGCGAAGCUCGUGAACGAGAAGGAAAGGAAGCGAGGGAAAGAGAGGUUAAAUUGAAACAUGAGCUUGCAGCUGCGAAAAUAUCUCUGUCGAAUUUGGAGGUCUCCCAUGCCGAAUUACAGGACGCUCAUUCCAAACUGGAGAGGUCACGUAAUCAUGAAGUCAGUCUACUCAAAACUCAGCUCGAAGAGACACAGAAGCAAGCCAUGUUUCUAGAGGCCAGGGUCGAAGAAGAGAAGAAUGCUGCCAAGAUAGCAGCGUCCAACAUCGCCUCUGCGUCGUCCUCAACUCCCUCACUAUCUCAAUCCACAUCAUCAAUUCCAGACACAGACAACAGACUGCUCACUGCUGAGUUAAAACGCCAGGCAACAUACCUUCGUCAGCUCGAAUCCACGAAUACAAGGCUUAAUGCCGACGUCGUUGUAUUAAAGAGUGACAAUGCUAUCCUGCGUGACCGUAAUGCGACAGUGGAGGUCUUGAAAGAGGAGAAGAGGGGGUUGGAGAGUCGUCUCAAGAUGAAAGAGGUCGAGGUUGAAAAGCUGGUUCGUGAGGUAGUUCGACGAGAUCACAGAUCCUCAUCCUCCAAACGGUCCAGUCUGCCUCUCAAUCCAUCUACUUUAGCAACUCAUCUUGGACUCGAUCAGGAUGAUGUCGACGCUAGCGUUGGAGUGAAUGAUUCACUGAAAGACCUUCCGCAUCCUACAGUCAAAGAAAUAUCUGAACUCGCUGCUUUACGACUGGAACAUGCUGCCUUAUUGGACCAGCACGGUACUACUCUUUCGGAACUUGCAGCGUUGAGAGGUGAGAAGGAAGCACUAUUACAACAGACCAGCUCCCGUGGAAAUUUGGCUGUACCUGAGGUACACAGUCAAAACAUAAUUACUUCAAAUCUGCAAAUUCAAUUACGUUUGAAGGAUGAAGAACUGGAGACCGCUCUCAAGGAGCUUGCAUUCUUGGAGGCCGCAGUGGCCCGGCUUACUUCCGAUAACUCCUCGUUACAUAAUGACGCGAACACUGUCGCAGAAGUCAAGCACUACCAAGCCCUUUUCAACGAUGCAAAGCGCUUAAAUGCUGACUUGCGUUCUGAGAUUGAGACUUCGUUGAACAAAUUGAGGCAACAUAGCGAACAGGACAUCGAAACAGAAAAGAAGAAUGAAGAAAGGGACCAGCUUCUCCAAGACCAGUUAGAGAAGAUGAGGACAGAGCUUCAGAGUGAAAAGGUGAAAAGGGAAGAGCUUGAAAAAUCUCUUGACAUUGUAGAGCAAGAGCUGUUUGACCUUCGAGGUGAAGUUGCUGGAGGCCGACAUAUUCCUCCGAACACUCGUGUUCUGGAAAUGAAAGAUAACCCUCAUGCUGAAUGGGAAAUGAGUCACACUGCCGUAUUGGAACGUCUGAAAGGAGAGAAUCAGGCUCUGUUAAAGAGAUUAAUAGACAUUGAAGCGGUGUUGAAAGAAGCGGGUGCUGCGCAAGCCUCGCAGGCUUCUGAAACAAAGUCGGACGUAAGCGUCUCAACAUUGGUUCCGAGAGAGAGUUUGGAUAUAGCAGUGAAGGAUAAGGAAGAUUUGGAGGACGUUCUGAAACAGAAAGAGAAGAGGCUGCUACGACUUCAACAGGUAUUUAAAGCAAAGUCCGCAGAAUUUCGUGAAGCCAUCGAGUCUAUCAUGGGAGUCAAACUAGCUUUUUAUCCGAAUGGUCAGGUCCGUGUAACCUCACUGUUCGACUUGAAUGCCAGUUUUGUUUUUGGUCCAGACAAGACUGUGAAAGUCAGUUCUCAAACGGAACCUAACGGAAUGAACAUGCAACUUGUUGCUACAGGCGAGGGCGGCCCACAAGACCUGCCUGAUCUGAUGCGAUAUUGGAUAGAGACCGAAGCCUGCAUUCCAGGUUUUUUGGCAAGCAUUACGCUCGAGUGUUAUGAGAGCUCGAAACGGUUGCGUGCGACGUAAUGUUCUACAUAGUUAAAAUCGAUGCCGCAACACAAUCAAACUCUGCAAUUAUCAAGAUUGAAUAUGAGUAUAUCCUCAGCACCAGUUGUUACGAGAUCAUCCAUUAUU